UAUGGACAGCUGGUGGGCUAGGUCAGAAUGGCCGUGGACAAUGGCCUGGACCAGCUCCUGAUGUUCACACCCCAUGUCCUGUAGGUCUGAUGGCCAGGGUCCAGUUUAGACUCAUCGUAGCGUUGGCUUGUCUAUAUCUGACUGUCGAGAGCCGGCAGCCACGGAGAGGGAGCACAGGAUGAGGUCAUUCGUCGUGGCGCCAUCUACACGUAUCAUCGGGGAGAAAAGGUGCCAUGAUCUCACAAUGACUACUGGUCUUGGACCAUCGCAGGAUAGGCAAGUUGUGUGAGAGGAUACUAAAGGCGGAUGCUGGCCCUUACUGUCACAUCCAGUUAGUUCUUGGCGUCCUACUGCAUCUGCUCAUCGCUUCAGACUCCAUUGAGCUUACUUGGGCUCAAAGCAACAGGCAAUGAAGAUCAUCGCGAGCGGCGAAGAGAAGGAGUACUACGACUCCAUCAUAUCAUCCGGGGCCAAGGCUGGCUUGUGUGGCCUCGCCCUCGGCGUCGCAGCCAUGGCAGGGCUGCAUUCGUGGUAUCCGCCAUUCAGACAGCUGCCUCUCUAUAUCAAGAGCACUUCGGCCCUCUAUCCCGGCAUGGUUGCGACGAGCAUUGGUGCCAGCCACGCAUCCCAUAACUACCAGUCGCGGCUGCACCCGCAGGCGCAGGAGUAUAUACGCGAGGUCAAGCGUCAAGCCAAAGAGGCACACAAAAAGGAGCCAAGGAGCCAGCGAGAACGGGAAUGGUUGCACAAGAAUCAGUAUUACAUCCUAGGCGGGAUAUGGGCGUCUACCAUGGCCUUCAGUCUGGCGCGGAUGCGGCAUGACCAUUUCACCACGGGGGCCCGAAAGCUGGUCCAGGCCCGCGUCACGGCGCAGGCAUCGACGCUCGCUGUGCUGCUCGCGACAGCGGCUAUUGAGUUCAAAGAAAGACAGGAGAGAAUGGGGAAAUUCCAACCAGUCGUCCUUGUCCAUAGUGAGGCACCGAGGGGGGGCCAACCCCAGGAGAAGAGAAUACCGUAGCUUACAUGUAUACUAUGGAGAAUACUACGAGUCCCAAACUCACUCGUUGGUGAUAGA